AUGUGGCUUCGAAACAAGACGAAACAAGACGGCCAGGCUGUGCCAUGCUGUGCCAUGCUGAACCAGAACGCCUUUCUGUUGAUCCACGGCUGGACGGUGACGCCUCUGCUGCUGGAGACCCUUCCGUUGCUGUCGCAGCUCAGCAGCGACGCUCGCUGCACUGCGGCGCAGCUGGCAGAGGGCAGCGGGGCCAGGACGGGGCCGUUGCAGGUGGCGUUGAGGAGCUGGGGCGCCUUGGGAGUUUUGAAGCUGGAACCUGGUACCAUUGAGGCGGACGUUGCGUACGCACUGGACGCGGAGAGCAACUGGAAAGACCUGGCCGAUGUGUUACAGGAGAAGAUCCUGGAGAUCUACAGCAAAGCACAGCCACCCUUCAAAAUUCCUUCAGAGGCCUCUCAGCUUUGCUUAGACCUUUGGCGACGCCUCGCAGGGCGCAGCAGCCUGCUGCAAGGGGUGGCACUGGCGCCGCUGUUGACGUCCAUGACAUACAAUGCCAGGUGGAAUGAGGAAGGCUUGGACUUGGGUCGUGACAAGGCCUUCAGCACUUUUGAUUUCAGCAGCUUAGAUGUUUCUGCCUUAAAGACCAUGGGCGACAUCUUUCAAGCUCUGGGCAUUGGCCAAGUUGAUUCCAAUGGUCGGGUGGAGGUUUGGCCCCAAGGAUAUUUGGGCUUACAAAGGGUCUACUCCUACUACGUGCCCACCUCCUAUGCGCCGCUGCUGUCACACUUCCACCAUGUCUUGUUCGAUGACGCCUCCUGGGGCUUUAAUGGAGAUGUGGAGGAUGAAGAUGAUGAGAUUCACGUGCACCGAACACUGAACGUGGUGGGAAGCGGGGCGCAACAUAGCACGUUGUUCAAGGAUUUGCUACAGCACGUCCAUCAAGUUUUUGCCAACGACAAGUUCGACGAGCAGCCGCAGUUUGUGAUUGAUACGGGUUGUGGUGAUGGUCAUUUGCUUCAGUGCAUCUAUGAACACGUGAAGAACCACACCCCGCGCGGCAAGGUCUUAGAUUCCCAUCCCCUCACCAUGGUGGGUGUGGACUUCAACGAGAAGGCGCGCAUCGCCACGGCUUGUAACUUGGACGCCCAUGAGGUGCCCCACCGCGUGGUGAGCGGCGACAUUGGGAAGCCCAGUGCUCUCAUGGCCAUGCUGAAGAGGAAGAAGGUGAAUACCAAGAAGGCGUUGCACGUGCGAUCGUUUCUGGACCACGACCGGCCCUAUAUUCCGGCCAAGACGCCUAUCCCUUCAGAUUCCUCCCUGGCUGCCUUUGUUCGAAGUCAGCUGGCAGAUUUUGUGCACUUGGACAAGGAGGGGACGGCCAUCGGAGCCCUGGAGCUCUUCGCCUCCCUGGUGGAACACAUGGCCCGUUGGGCCGACGCCUUGGGGGACUCCUUUGGGCUCUGUAUGUUGGAGGUGAUGCAGUUGGAUCUUCCCAGCACCAGGCGAUUCAUGAACGACUGUGUGUCGUUCCAUUUUGACAUCGUGCAAAGUCUCUCCAGGCAAUACAUGGUUUCAGCCGUGUCUUUUGCAAUGAGCUGUGCAAUGGCUGGUCUUUUUCCAACCGAUUGCAGAUCAGUUCAAACCUAUCCCGAGACUGGAGGUUACUGUCGCAUGAUGAACCAACACCUGGUGCGCAAAGCCUUCCGCCUCCGCCUCGCAGAGCGGUCAGAUCUGCCAUCGCUGCUGGAGCUGGAAAAGAAGGCCUGGCAACAGCUGGCUGCGUCGGAGGAGGUGUUACGUCAGCGCCUGGAAACGUCCCGCGAGGGCAACUUUCUACUGGAGCUGGAUGGACAGGUGGCUGCGGUGCUGUACACCCAACGGAUUCGCAGUGUGGAGGAUGUCAAGUCGCAGAAAUUCAUGGCCGUCUCUGAGUCCCACGACCCUUUGGGCCGCAUCCUGCAGCUCAUCGCCCUCAGCAGCGACCCACAGGGCCCCUUGCAGGGCCUGGGUGCCGAACUCCGAUCUUUCGCAUUGCUCUUGGCCAAAGUGGACCCCAGUAUCGAUCUGGUCAUUGGCGUGACGCGAUGCUCGGAGUUUGAGGGACUUGACCUGGCCAAGUAUGUGGCUGACCAUCAAGCCGGUGGUCAAACAGACAAGACCUUGUCGUUUCACACGGGAUAUGGCGCGGAAAUUCUUCGCUUGGUCCCUGACUUCCGACCUGAAGACCUGCAAAAUCAGGGCACAGGGGUUCUGAUCCAGUACGACAUCAAGACCUGGACUCCACUUCUACCGGACAGCAACGGCAGCGCCGGCACCACGGGCACCACAAGCACCACGGAGCCGGCAGCUCCCGCGGCUCCCGCGGCCUCGAAAGGGGCACUGCAGGCGUUGCGGGAAGUGCUGGAGGAGAUGCAGCACCACUUGGAGGAGGAGAAGUUGGAGCUGGGAUUUUUCGUGUUGGGAUUGGACUCCCUGGAACUGACCCGCGUGCGCAACAGGAUGAGCGAAUGGGCUGGACGGCAACUGCCGGCCACGUUCCUCUUCGAUUUUCCCAGCGUGUCGGAGGCUGCUGCUGAGCUGGAAAAGAUGAAAGGGACAGUCAGGCAGCAUCGCAGUGCGCUGGAAGCCAUCAAAGAGAUCUUCCUUGACCUCAAAUGCCCUUUAUCGGAGGAGCAGUCGCUGCAAGGUUUUCUCCAGCUGGGUAUCGACUCCUUGGAACUGGUGCGGCUAAAGAACAGGCUGAGCAAAUGGCUGGGCCACGAUUUGCCCGCCACAUUUCUCCUGGACUUUCCCUCCGUAGCGGACCUGGCCGCCGAACUCGACCGCCGCAGGGCGGGGUCGGCGACCAACGGGGCAACCAACGGGGCAACCAACGGUGCAACCAACGGGGCAACCAACGGGGUGGCCAACGGGGUGACCAACGGGGGCUACCACGGCAAGGGAAAGGAGGAGGUGAAGUUGGUGGUGGAGAAAGAGUUGCUGAUUCAGGUGCAGCAGAAAUUGAAGGAGAAGUAUUCCUCAGCACAACAUCAGCGCAAGAUCAGUGGCAUCAUGGAAAAGUCAUCCGCAUCAAAGAGUUCCUACAUGAAAGCCUUGGAACCUCUGCGGAUGGAAGUGGAGGGUUCGGUGCUUUUCAGCCUUGGAAUCAUAGACGACUUACAGCCCAAGAGUGUGGAAACUGGCCGCAAAGAUGUAGAAAAGAGCCUAAAGAAAUUCCGAUCACUUCCAGAAGUCUCCGACUGCGAGCAGGAAGUUUUGAAGGUGCUACACCUGGAAGCGACAUGAAGUCACUUUUUCAUUUAUGCAUCAUCAGUUGAUGGAUGGCCCAAAGUUGAUGGCCAAAAAAGUCAACUGCUUGGUGAUUUUGGAACGUAAGAAAUCUUUCAUUUCUCGUUUUUGCAUCCUCAGAUUUGGGGUGAUUCACUUGAGAUUUUUUGAGGCCUUGUGGGCGAAAAAUGGCCCAAGAAAUGGGAUGGAGAUGAGUUUUGCCAUGUUUUGCCCAUCGGACGAGCCCAAAGAAACGGCUGAGCCACGACGCAAGGGCUUUUUUCCAAAGCUUCCAGCCGAGCGACGACCCAAGUGCGGUUGUAAAGAAGAUUCCAGCACCGGGU